UUUGAGUCCCUUGCUUGUGACCAACAUAGUCCAAGUCUUCAUGCUGCAGUGAAAACAACAACCCCCCCCCCAAAAAAACCUCUACCGGUUUAGUGGCCUUCAGCAGAUGCGUGCAUGCUGAUGAUCUGCUCUGCCUUUAUUACUGCCACCAAUCACAAGUAACACCCUGUCUGCAGUCAUGUUUGAGAACGGUUGUGACGACCUGUUCCUGCCGUCAUCUCAAGGUGAAGAACUGGUGGACAACCUGCUGUGCAGUGAGGACUCUGAGGAUGCUGGUGAAACUGGGUCCUCGCUGACGAAAGACCUGCUCCCCCUGUUGGAGCCCACCUCUCCUCACCUUGUGCCCUGGGUCUGCUCCACCCGCUACAAGACGGAGCUGUGCACCAGCUAUGCAGCCAGUGGCUGCUGUAAGUACGCUGAGCGCUGCCAGUUUGCUCAUGGACUCCGGGAGCUCCACGUGCCGUUCCGUCACCCCAAGUACAAGACUGAGCUCUGUCGCAACUACCACACCACAGGCUACUGCUACUACGGAGGCCGCUGCCUGUUUGUCCACAACCCCAUGGAGCUGCGGCAGGUGUCGCACCACCGCAGGAAGGUCCCCUGUCGCAGGUUCCUCGCCAAUGGAGUCUGUCCUUUUGGCAAACGCUGUAACUUCCUGCAUGUUGAGGAUGGGGAGAUGGAGGGCAGCCAUUCACCUGCUGCUGAGCCCCCUAACCCAUCUGCUCCUACCACCCAGAGUCAAGCCCAGCCUAAGGAGUGGAAGCCUCGAGGAGCAUUGUGCCACACCUUCCGCACUUUUGGUUUCUGCCUUUAUGGCACAAGCUGUCUCUUUCAGCAUGGGCUCCCGAGCAAAAUCAAGAACUCUGACCUCAGCGAUGGAGGAUACGCGUCUUCUCAGCCUUCACCAAGCACUACAGGUUUACCUUCAUUAUCUUCUAAUGGUUCAAGCUCUUCAUCAACCUCUCCUCUUCCCACCCCAUCCCCAGAGGCCAUGGUCCACAAUGCCUUCACUUUCUCCAGCCAGCACUUGAGUGACCUCCUGCUGGCUCUCCAUUUGCAACAACUGGAUGGCACCAAAAACCAGGAGGUCUGGGACAGCAGGGCACUCUGAGUUGAUGUGGUUACAAUUUGCAUGAGCCCUUGAAGGGUUUUUCUUUAAUCAUUUUUAUAUUUUUAAAGGGGAUGUGUACAUAUACCCUUUUUUUUUUUUUU